AUGUCCAAGCCAGCGCUCCCACAGAACGACAAUGUCGCCCAUGCCCUCGCGGGCGCUGGCGGCGGUCUCCUCUCCAUGGCCUUGACCUACCCCCUCAUCACCCUCUCGACCCGCGCCCAAGUGGAAUCCAAGCGCGCCGACACGGCUUUCCUCACGGCUGUCCAGAAGAUUGUCGCUCGUGAGGGCGUGUCGGGACUCUACUCCGGUCUCGAGUCCGCCCUUUUCGGCAUCAGCGUUACCAACUUCGUCUACUACUACUGGUACGAGUGGACCCGCGCCUUCUUCGAGGCCGCCGCCGAGAAGGCCGGCCGUGCCAGUAAGAAGCUCACGACCGUCGAGUCCAUGAUUGCCGGCGCCAUCGCCGGCUCCGCGACCGUCAUCCUCACGAACCCCAUUUGGGUCAUCAACACCCGUAUGACGACCCGUAGCAGCAGCGCCAACAAGGACGGCAAAGAUGAGGAGGCCCAGACCGACAAGCCCAAGAAAGCGCCCUCCACCAUCGGCACCCUCUUGGCGCUGCUCAAGAACGAGGGCCCGCAGGCGCUCUUCUCGGGCGUCAUCCCCGCCCUGGUGCUGGUCAUCAACCCGAUCCUGCAAUACACCCUGUUCGAGCAGAUGAAGAACACGGUCGAGAAGAAGAGGAGGGUGACGCCGACCAUCGCCUUCCUUUUGGGCGCCCUCGGCAAGCUGUUCGCGACCUCGGUCACCUACCCGUACAUCACAGUCAAGAGUCAGAUGCACGUUGCCGCCGGCAACGGCGGGAAGAAGGAGGGCAUGUCUCAAGCCAUCAGCCGGGUCAUCAGGGAGGAGGGCUACGCCGGCCUGUACAAGGGUAUCGGCCCCAAGGUCACCCAGAGUGUGCUGACCGCCGCCUUCCUCUUUGCCUUCAAGGACGUUCUGUACGAGCAGACCAUCAAGCUCAGAACGAUUGCCGCUAAGAAGCGCGCGUAA